GGGGUCCUUAUUCAUUGUGGGACACAACAAUUAGCUGUGGCUAACUAUCUCCGCCAGUUAUAAUUGUAUUGGCACUGUGUGCAACAGCAUGCAAAUAUCAUCGAACGUUUUGGUUAAAAGAAUAUGAGCAAAGAUUCCAAGAUGAGAGCAACAAUUAAUCAGAAGUUAACUGAGAUGGGUGAACGAGAGCGAUUGAAGGAGUUGCUCAGAGCUAAACUCACUGAAUGUGGAUGGAGGGAUCAGCUGAAAGCUCAUUGCAAAGAUGUCAUCAAAGAAAAGGGCUUGGAGCAUGUGACUGUCGAGGACCUUGUGGUAGAAAUCACCCCUAAAGGAAGAGUUCUGGUGCCUGACAGCGUGAAGAAGGAGCUGCUGCAGAGGAUAAGAGCCUUCCUAGCUCAGCAUGCCACAUAAUUGAACCAGCGUGAUCUUUUUGUAAACCCUUUUGGUAUCAGAUUUGUUGUAGAGAGCUUGUUUUCUUUUCACCAUCAUGCUGUUAUUAUUCGUUAUGUGACCCAAUCUUCCAUCAUGAUUUAGACUUAUUCAAUUGCUUUGUUCAAUGUCUGAUUUUUAAGUUCUUUACAUCAUGCAGUUCUUUACAUGAUGCAACGAUUCAACUUGUCAAUAACUAUACAUUGUAUUAGAAUACAUAACAUGCUAUGCUGUUUUUACAAUGACUUUUGUUCUGUGGAUUGUCUUAUUUUUAGUUGGUUUGUCAUUAGAGAAAGGCUUUUGAGAGGGGUUGUAAUAAAGCUGGUUCUAGGUUUUGUAAGAA